UCCUCCCACACCCACACCCCAAAUCCACCGGGGACCUCGGCUCCUCCUGAUUGGUCGGGAUGAGUCAACGAGUUGGGGGGGAGACAAUGUCAUCAUGUCGCCUUAAAAAGAGUGCAGCUAUGUUGUGGUUGAAAGCACCUCGGGAGGAGAACAGAGGAUCAAUAGCGGCAGGAAGCGACAACAAAAAGGCGCAUCAGAUGUUUGUGUCCGCGCGCGACUGAAAGUGGAUUUGUUCUCCCCGCAGCAGCGUCCCCAAAAGUGCCUUCAGGGUUUACGUCCAAGCGCGAACAUGCCGAGGGGAUUUUUGGUGAAAAGGAACAAGAAGACCAACCCGGUGUCCUACCGGGUCCGCCCCGACGAGGAGGACGCGGAGCAGACAGCGGCUGAUGCGCUGCUGCUGCCGCCGCCACCGCUUUCCUGCGCGCCUCUCGCCGCCUUCUUCCCGGGGCGCGCACAGACGCCGACGCCCACCUGCGGGGCGGCGGCUCCGGAGCAGGUCGGCAGACCGGUGCAGUUCGGGAACCCGGAGCUGGUGUACCACGCUCUCUACAGCCCCACCCGCCCCGUCAGCCGGGACCACGACCGCUCCUCCUUCGAGAGGCGCUUCAACCUCGGAUCUCCGGUUUCCGCGGAGUCCUUCCCGACACCAGCAGCGCUGCCCGCCUUGGACCACCUCUACGCCCCGGUGGACCUGAAAAUCGGAUCCAGCAACAGCAACCGCACCGAGACCAGUGCCGCGUCCGCCGCGACGCUCCCUACCGCCGCGACCAAACGGCCCGCCGGCGACGCCGAGCGCAAAGGCAAACCGCCGUCCAAGAAAACCAAAGCCAUCCGGAAACUGCACUUUGAGGAUAAUGUCACCACGUCUCCGGUCCUCGGGCUCAAGAUCAAAGAGGCGCCGGUGGACCAGAAGCCCCUCAGACCGCAGCUGCCCGGAGGGGACAACGAGUUCGUGUGCCAGCUGUGCCGCGAGGUGUACGCGGACCCGUUCGCUCUGGCGCAGCACAAGUGCUCCCGGAUAGUCCGGGUCGAGUACAGGUGUCCCGAGUGCGACAAGGUGUUCAGCUGCCCGGCUAACCUCGCCUCGCACCGGCGGUGGCACAAGCCGAAGCCGCAGAGCGCCGCUCCGGAGAGCGACAAGGCUUCCGCGUCCGGUAAGACCGCGCAGGAGGAAGCGAAGGAUUCUAGUGACAGGGACACGCCCAGUCCCGGACCGUCCGAGUCCGGCUCAGAGGAAGGGCUGUACGAUUGUAAUCACUGUGGGAAAAAGUUUAAACGCCAAGCAUACCUGCGGAAGCACCUGGCGUCCCAGCACGGCUCCCCGAAGCCGGCGGAGGACGAGGACGCGCCGGAGCGGAGCGCGGCGCCGCUGAACCUGAGCGGCUCCGCGUGCCACCUGUGUCCGGUCUGCGGAGAGAGCUUCUCCAACCGGGGCGGCCUGGAGCGGCACAUCCGCCUGCUGCACUCCUCGCAGGUGUACCCGUGCAAAUACUGCCCGGCCGUGUUCUACAGCUCCCCGGGACUCACCAGACACAUCAACAAGUGCCACCCGUCCGAGAACCGGCAGGUGAUCCUGCUGCAGGUGCCGCUCCGCCCCGCGUGCUGAUCCGGGACUUUACGGGCUCCUUUCACACGGAUCACAAAUCCAGCCUCGUUUCUGAGAGGAAGUUAGAGUUACACUGCAAAAAAUAUCAUUUUCCUUCAAAAAAGCUUGUUUGUUUUUAAAUCGAGUGAAACAUAUAUUCUGGCACUUUGGUGAGAAGCUCGAACUCUGAUUGAGUUCACUGUUGAUUGUAAGGAUCUAUUUUCUCUUCCUUCACUCAUUUGGUUAGAAAAUCAGCACAUUUGAAACACUUAAAAUCUUAAACUCUAAAUUUUUUCACUUGUGGAACAAUUUGUCUCUUUUUAAGAAUCGUUUUUGACUGAAUAAUUGAGGUAAAAUAAGAAAUUAAAGGAUAUGUACUUAUUUUAUUUUUGCAGUGUAACUCAUCACUGUGUCAGCUUGUAGAGGUCAGAGGUCAGCCGCUCACCUGCAGCUGGCAGGGAUUCAGUGCCUUGCUCGAGGACACUUCAGCAGGUUCUGGGUGUGUGUUUGAACCCUGGCCUGUAAUCUCCCCCCCUCACACACACACACACACACACACCGUGCUCUGAGCACCUCUGACAUCACUCUCCAAACACUUUAGACUGUUAAUUUAUUUUUCUAGCAUCUCUGCACAAGUGCUAUUAGCUUCUAGACCUAAGAGAGAGAGAGGGAGGGGGAGGGGGUAAACGAGCCGACUCAUCACUCUGAUUAGCUUUAACGUCGAGGAUCUGUGGAUCAGUAGCUGUCUGCCUGAAAAACAAAAAGAGAAACUAGUGUAGCCGGUUAAUGCCUUUGGAUUAGAACCUCCUGCUGUAAAACUGCCUUAAACUGAUCUGAUUGUGUCUCCAUCACUUAUUUAUCACGAUGUGAUCAUCGUUGUUCACAAAGCCUUCUGUAUUUCCACUAUACAGUAUAUCUAACUCCCCUUCUUUUGUUUUCCUGCUAUUUAUUUAUGUAUUUAUUAAAUUAUUUGUGUAAAUUAUUGCUCCGUGUGCUCUGUGAUCUGUUGCUAUGUGUAUUGUUUAUUUAAUUUAUAAGGAACGGUGUGUUCAAGUGACGUGAAAGCAAUCAAUGAGUUCUAUCUGCCGCUCCUGAAUAAAUAAUAACUGAAUGCAAUCAUUGAUUUUACUUCAUGUUUCUUUUGGGUUUUCUUUGUAACCUUCGCUCUUCUACUGCUUUGGAUGUUUCUGCAGUAUUUUGCUAAAUGUCCAAAAAUAAUAAAAAACC